AUGCGCUGUUUUCAGGCCUGCCAUGCGUUUUGCCCGUGGCCGACCUCGCUGGCGAGCUCUCGAAGCUCACCUAAGGUCACGUUUCAGGACCAGGCCGAUGUUCGAGCUGAGCCCGAGAAGGAGCCAGAUGAGGAGGAAGAGGCACCCGUCUCCGUCAAGGAUCGGCUGCUGCAAAGACUGACGAGAAUGAACACGCAGGACCUGCUGCAGAAGAUACGCCGAAACAUUAGCUCAUUCUCAGUCAUCGACAGCGAAGAUCUGUCGUGGGACUGGGAGGACAUCUCCACCGAGCCCGACAUAGCCUUUGCAGUCAUGGAGCUCAAAGAGUUUGUCGCUGAAUGGCAAGAAGCAGCUACCGACAAAUUCUGGCAGCGAAAGUCUCACAAGGUGGUGCUCGCUGUCGUUUGCUGUGCUAGAGAUGAUGGCUCCCUCGUUGCGAUGCGUGGCAUGAACACGGAGGUCAGCUUGCCCUCCGGCUCGCUCUGCGCAGAGCGAGCAGGCAUUGCUCGAGCCGCGACGGAGUUUUUUCAUGCCAACACGAUCAAGGUCAUCGCAGUCAUUGAUCCGUCGGGUGACAUCGCUCCACUUUGGCCUUGCGAGGUGUGCCAAAGUUGGCUUUCCAAGCUCCGUGAUCAAAGUCCGAGGAUCACCGUGGUGGCUUUCCCCGCUAAGGAGAACGACUUCGAGCGCGUGGUUGUGCGCCGCAAUGGCAAGGACGUACGGCCGCCCACGUCUGUCAGUGCGCGCAGUAGUCUGAAGCAGGUGGUCGAGAUUGCUAGAUGA